AAAAAUAAAAAGAUAAAAAACAUUCUAAUAAAAUGGCGAGUUUAUUAUCGCGUAUAAUUUUAAAUACUCUAUUAAAAAAUCGUAUAAAUAAUAAAUACCACGUGCCUCUAUCAAUAUCAAGUAUUAGUACAAAUAAAAAUUAUAAAAAAUAUAAUGAUGAAUCAAAAAGCAAUUAUCAAUGCUCAAAAUUAGAUUAUAUUUUGACAUUUUGUUCAUUCGGCAUUGGUUAUGUUAUUUAUAAAUACAAAAAUAAUAUUAUUAAUUAUAUUGAUGAUAAGAUAAUAUUAAUACCAGUUGUUGAAGCUGCAAAAUUAAUAACAACAAAUGUCAGUGAAAAUCGUGAAAGAUAUAAUUUCAUUGCUGAUGUUGUUGAAAUAUCAGCACCAUCAGUUGUGUACAUAGAAAUAAAAGAUCACAAAAGAAUUGAUUAUUUUACAGGUAAACCAGCUACAACAAGUAAUGGAUCUGGUUUUAUUGUCGGCGAAGAUGGCUUAAUUCUAACAAAUGCUCAUGUUGUUGUUAACAAACCAAAUACAAUUGUCAAGGUAAACGUAAGACUUCAAGAUGGUACAACUUAUUCAGGAAUUGUUGAAGAUGUUGAUAUGCAAAGUGAUUUAGCCACAAUUAGAAUUAACAAGAAAAAUUUACCAGUUAUGAAACUUGGUACAUCAUCACAAAUUCGUCCUGGUGAAUUUGUCGUUGCAAUUGGAUCACCACUUGCAUUAAGUAACACAAUAACAAGUGGUGUUGUUAGUAGUGUUAAUCGUCAAAGUUCUGAGCUUGGUUUGAUGAAUAAACAAAUGGAAUACAUACAAACAGAUGCUGCAAUAACUUUUGGUAAUUCUGGUGGUCCAUUGGUUAAUCUAAGUGGUGAAGUUAUUGGAAUAAAUGCCAUGAAAGUAACAGCUGGUAUAUCAUUUGCAAUACCAAUUGAUUAUGCAAAAGAUUUUUUAAAAAAGACAGAAAAUCGACGUAAAAAUAAAGAUAUAAAUCAUGUUAAAAAAUUUAACGAGUCAUCUGUUAGACGUUACUUGGGUAUAACAAUGUUGACACUUACACCAGAUAUACUAUUUGAAUUGCAACAAAGAAAUAAUAAUGUACCAUCAUCAAUAAGACAUGGUGUAUUAAUAUGGAAAGUCAUGCUGGGAUCUCCUGCCAACAAUGGUGGUCUUAAAGCUGGAGAUAUUAUAACUCAUGUUAAUGAUGAACCAGCAACAUCAGCAACAAGUAUAUACAAAGCACUUGAAACAUCGGGUAUCUUGACCCUGAAAAUUCUUAGAAAUGGUGAGAUAUUUAAACUCCGCAUUGAACCUGAAGAUGUUUGAAUAUAUACUAUAAAAAAAAAAAAAGAGAAACACAAUACAUACUUGAAAAAUAAAAUAAAAAAAAUUUAUU